UACCACGAUCCAGAAUCGCGUCGAGAAGGCAGUCGGUGUGUCCGGUUGUCCGGGAACGCUUGAAUCGAAAACGGCCGAGGUGACCUGGAACCGUGUCCAGGUACCCACAGGAGUUCAAGUGACACGCGUGCAAAUACCCGGAUUGUGAUCUACCCGGUUCGGUUUUCCUCUCCGUUUCACUUCUCCUUUCGGUUCGUCCCUUUGUUCCUCGUGGAUCUGCAGUGAAAUCAUCGGCUACGACGCUUCCCAAGAAGCGAAGAACAACAACCCGAGGUACUCCCGCAAAAUGAGGGAAUCUUAUCUUCCUUGGAUAACGCUGUAACGGUAUCUCAAGAUGUACACCGAGUGGCAAAAGGGUGAAUUAGUGUGGUUCGACCCGGGUGUCGGCCACGUGUUACCAGGAGAAGUCUUGGAGUACCACAGAGCGGCGAACGUUCUAUCCGUGCAAGCAGUGAUCGCCGGCAAGCCACAGAUCUUCACCCUGACAAACCUGAGCGGAGUGAAACCGAGGCAGGAUCUUGGUCAAAAUGGAGUCGAGGACAUGAUACAGUUAACGGACCUGAACGAAGCGUCCUUACUAUGGAACCUGAAGAUUCGGUACGACAAGGAGCUGAUAUACACGUACACGGGAAGCAUCCUGGUGGCGGUGAAUCCCUAUAAGAUGUUCGACAUUUAUGGCUUGGACCAGGUGAAAUUAUAUGAAGGACGGAUCCUUGGAACCCUGCCACCUCAUCUGUUCGCUGUUGGUUCGUCGGCGUACAGUCAGGUAACGGCGGCAAAUAAUGCAAGUGCGAAUCAGGUGGUGGUCAUUUCCGGUGAAUCCGGUUCGGGAAAGACGGAAUCCACCAAACUUGUAAUGCAGUACUUAGCUGCUGUUAAUCGAGCGCCGAACAACCUCGUCACGGAACAAAUUCUUGAGGCUACCCCGUUAUUGGAGAGUUUCGGCAACGCUAAAACGCCGAGGAACGAUAAUAGCAGCAGAUUUGGGAAAUAUCUGGAGGUUUAUUUCAGAGACGGAGUGAUCGUGGGCGGAAGAAUAACUCAGUAUCUGCUAGAAAAGAGCAGAAUAGUGACCCAAGCGUCAGAAGAAAGGAAUUACCACGUGUUUUAUGAGCUGUUAGCCGGUCUUGAUCAGCAACUCAGGGACAAAUACGGAUUGCUAACGCCGGAUAAAUAUUUCUACUUGAACCAGGGUGGGAACUGCGAAAUCGAUGGCAAGAGUGAUGUUCAAGAUUUCAAGGCACUGCUAUCAGCCAUGCAGGUCCUCGGUUUCACGUCCGAAGAGCAGGACACAAUUUUCAAGAUCCUCGCCAGCGUGUUGCACCUUGGGAACGUUUAUUUCCACCGGAAGCAGAUGAGACAUGGGCAGGAAGGCGUCGAGGUUGGAUCGGACGCCGAGAUUCGUUGGGCUGCUCAUCUUCUUCAAGUUAAUUCCGAUGGCAUCAUUAGGGCACUCACCACGAAGACAACGGAAGCAAGAAACGAAAGAGUCUUCACAGCUCUAAACAUCGAUCAAGCUCUGGACGCAAGAGACGCGUUCGCCAAGGCGUUGUACAACUCAUUAUUUUCAUGGCUAGUAGCUCGCGUGAACCACAUAGUUUACAAAGGAACGAAACAGACCGCCGCCAUCUCGAUACUCGAUAUAUUCGGGUUCGAGAACUUCACGGAGAACAGCCUGGAACAACUAUGCAUCAAUUACGCGAACGAGAAUCUUCAGUUCUAUUUUAACAAGCACAUAUUCAAGCUGGAGCAGCAAGAAUAUGCCAAGGAGAAAAUUGAUUGGACUACUAUCAAUUACACGGAUAAUUUGCCAGUGAUUCACCUAAUCGCAAAGAAGCCUGUUGGUAUACUACACCUUCUGGACGAUGAAAGCAAUUUUCCGAAGGCCACGGAUCUCUCGUUCCUGGAAAAGUGUCAUUACAAUCAUGCUCUCAGCGAAUUGUACUCGAGACCAAGGAUGAAUUCCGCUGAGUUCGCGAUUAAACACUAUGCGGGUCAAGUUUGGUACAACGUCGAAGGUUUCUUGGAUAAGAAUAGGGACACGCUGAGACCCGACGUGGUAGAGCUGUUGAUCAGCAGUAAAAUAUCUAUGGUGAGCAAAAUGUUCCAGCACGUAAGAACGACACAUGAAGCAAACAAAACCAUGAACAAACCGAAUGGUAGAUUUGUUACUAUGAAACCUAGAACGCCGACUGUGUCUGCAAGGUUUCAUGACAGUCUGCAGCAGCUUUUGGACUCCAUGUCUCAAUGCAAUCCAUGGUUCGUGCGGUGCAUCAAACCGAACACAGAGAAGGCGCCCAUGAAAUUCGACAUGCCCUGCGUACUGGAGCAGCUGCGUUACACGGGAAUGCUCGAAACGAUUCGAAUUCGGAAAACGGGUUACCCGGUCCGACUCUUGUUCGGACACUUCGUGGAUCGGUAUAGAUACCUGGUUUCCACGCAUUUACCUAGAGGAGCACCUAACAAGGAGCUUUGCCGAAUAAUUUUGGACAAGGCUGCUCCGAAGGAAGCUCAGUCGCAGUAUCAACUGGGACUCACUAGGGUGUUUUUGAGGGAGUCGUUGGAAAGGACUUUGGAGUAUAAUAGGGCGCUGAUUUUGGAGAGGGCGGCUAUUACUGUUCAGAGGUACACAAGAGGAUUCCUCGCCAGGAGAAGGUUCUUAAACAUUUCACGUAGCACGGUGCUGAUACAAGCCGUUUAUCGCGGUUAUCGCGAAAGGAAGAAGUACAGGGCGUUGAAGAAAGCGGCGUUAAUGGCGCAGAAGAUAUACCGAGGCAAAAAACAGCGCGAUAAGUUUAAGGUGCUGAAGGAAGAAAUGGCAAAGAGGGCGGAGAUCGAGAGAGCCAGUAAAGAACGAGCUAAGGUGAAGCAACAGAGGGAGGAGCAAGAAAGAACCUCCAGAGCUGUGGCUGGUGUGAACCAUUUGGAGAUUCCGGCUGAGUUGGCCUUCAUUUACAGUAAACUUGAUGACUGGCAGCCUACCCACACAGAAAGAAACCUCCUGAAAGUUGUAGGCCAAGUGAUCCCCAUGCACCACAACUACACUCUACCCAACGACAUCGACCAGCACCAGUUCUCGAAAUUCACCAACAUCUACUUCAAGAGCCACAUCUUCGGCAUGAAGCGAGAACCAAUAAAGACACCGUUCCUAGCGAAAGCCAGAGAUCAGGAUUACACUGACUCACUGAUGAUCUUCAAGAUGAUACUCCGCUUCAUGAACGAGAACAACUUGAGCGGCAAAAGGGAGCAAGCUUUAGGAGACUACAUAGUGAACAAAGGCAUCGUCAAUGAGAAAUUGCGAGACGAGAUUCUGUGUCAGUUAGCUAACCAGACGUGGAAGAAUGAGAAUGAUGCGAAUAAAGAGAGGGGAUGGUUGUUGCUGUCGAACUGUCUGUCAGCGUUUCAACCAUCGUCGACUUUGUUUAAGUACUUGCUGAAGUAUGUGUCUGAUCAUGCGUACGAUGGAUACAAGGCUUACUGUCAGAGGAAGCUUCUGCAAGGUGAAAGAACGAUAUUCAGAAUUAUGAGCAAUAAUCAGCAGAUUGUUCAUCAUGUGCCGAGAAACUAUCCUCCGUGCGUUCUGGAGUGGAGGGCGAAUAGGAACCGAGUUAAUAUGGCGCUGAGUGUGGGAUUCUAUGAUGGUGAAGUAGUGACCUGCGCAGUGGAUUCAUGGACGACCUGCGAGGAGUUGGCUAACCUAGCCGUCCACAAUCACGGUGUGGACAAUUCUGGCUGGACCAUCACUCUGUGGAACCAGUUAGAUGGUCCAGACGCCAUAGUGACGGAGACCAAUGGAUUCGAUUACGUGCUAGACCUGAUUUCGGAAAUGGAACUGGCUCCAGCGUUCCCAGCUGCCAAACACAUGUUCCUGGAGCAGCGGAAGAAUAGCUUCCCUCCGAUUAAGAAGAGAGAACAUACGCAGAUAAUUCGAGAGCUGGAGCAGGAGAUAGAGCCGCCGGUUCUGAAGACCUUCCAGCCUCUGGAGAGGAAGACGGUACCCAAGGUUGUGGACAAACCUGUGGAACCGGAGAUCCAGUCGCCGAGGAGGCCGGCUGUUCCUCCUCCGCAACCACCUGUCACCAAACCAUCGAUGAGGAAGCAAUCACAUGAAGGAAUACUCGAGACCACAACCGAGACAGGUCUCUCCCGCAAAUCUGCCCUGAACGACAGAUACUUCGAGAAGGAGAAGCAACGCAGCCGCAGUUUGGAUAACUUACUCCAACCAGAGGUUGUGGCUCCACCCGUGAAGCUAGCCAAUCUGGGUCUAUCCUCCUCGAAGUUGAACGAACGUUACCACAGUCUCGAGAGGAUAGGCGAAACGUCCGCGGUCAGCAAUGUGGAGUACAUGAGCAGGAACGAAAUCUCGCAGGAGAGGAAGUACAGUAGGAUAACCAGGACGACGGAACCGAAUAUCGAGGAGGAGGACCUUACCAUCGAUUUUGAGUACCCGGACAUUCAGUCGGUCAGCCAGACUGGGAGGUCCGAGGAUGAUAAGAGCAGCUACAUUAGGUCCCAGACUAGGUUCAUCAAAUCUCAGUACCCUGGUAAACGAGCACUGCCAGGCAGUCAAUCCAGCCGAGCAUACAUCGAGAAGAGCGAGUACGGUGUGAAAUCGUCGGCCAUGUCAGACACGAGCGAAGCUCCUUCCCUGGCGUCCCACGUAAGGCGAGUCAGGGUCCCUAGUCAAGCUUCGGACGUGGACCAGUUUCUGGACGAGUUGUUCAUGCCCGUCCUCGACGGCAACCUGGACGAGCUAUCGGACGCCAGAAGCCUGGCCGCCAGCAUCAAAGGUACAAAGGAAGACAGAUCUCGGAGCGAUGCCAUAAUCCUUGAAUCCCUGGAGCGAGAUCAUGCGCCUCGAACUGUGAACGAGUUCAUUGAGAGGAUGAUGAAGAGCGACGACGAAACGAUCACGGGUGAAGAGUUGUCAAGGAGGAUCAAAGGCGGAGGCAACAUGGACAUACCCAACCAGAACGCGACCUUCAACUUCGGUGCCAUUACGCCAGGGAUGAUGUCACCGCCCAUGAUGAUGCCGAUGUUCAGUGCACCUCAACAAGUACCCCCUGCUCAGAGCAGCAGCAUGAACAUGAAUCCUAGCUUCAUGCCCAUUCCGAUUUAUAGUAUGCAAGGACUCAGUCUCCCUCAGUAUCCUAAUUCACCUCCCAAUCCUAACAACGACAUGAUGGCCUAUCAGCAGAACUUGCAAAGAGCCUUCCUGCAGAGUGCCAUGGCGCAGAAUAUACAGAUUCAACAGCAACUGCUUGCGCAGAAUCAGGCUCUUCAGCAACUGCUCGUGCAGAGCCCUCAGAACUCUUCGCAACAACCGAAUCCUGGUGGGCUUUUAGAGCCGCAUCGCGGCAUGGGUGUGUGUUUCCAGGGCACGGUGUUGUCCGCAGGCCCCUCCAGUAUGAAUCUUGUCCCCCCAGCCCCUCAAAACGGUGCCCAAAUGGGGCCCAAUGAUUCUAUUGGACGCUACUCUAAGGUGUCGUUCAGAGAACCAGAAGACGGAGAGCUUUGGUCGACAGAGAAGCAAGCAGGACCGCAAUCGUUGAACCAACGUCAAGAGGUAACCGUGAAAGCUCAGAUCCACCGUUCCCAGAGUCCCCCGAGGAAAAAUUCCGAGUUGGUCCGCAAAACCAGCGUGGAAUACGCGGUGAAGAAAACGAUCGUCGAGAGAAAGGCUGGUGACAAGAAAUCCUCGGGUCCGGUGGAUCCCAAGAGGUCCAACAAGAACAACGUGCAAAGCAAUUUCACGAAUGUGCUGAGCGAGCUGAAGAACCGUAAGAGUAGUGUGGAUAGCAAUUUAUCGAACUCGAGUAAUAAUAAGGGUGUGCCACCUCCUCCGCCGAUGCCACCUCCUUUGGAGUCGCAUGAUCCUUCGGAGUCGAGGCCGUUUUUGGAUCCUUAUGGACGGGCUAAGACUGUUCGAAUCGGCAAGUGGAGAUGGCCCCCACCGAGCGACUCGAACGAGAAUCAAAGCCAAGACAGCUUCAUCGAGUUCAAAAUGCGUCAACAGCACCAGCAGCGUAAAAUCACGCCCCAGUACCAGGAGUACAAUCAAGGAGACGGUGAACAUAGCACAGAGGGUGCGGUGGAAUGGGAAGAGUUCGAGAUCGAGAACAUAGUUGGUGUGGAAGAGAAGAUCACUCACGCUCCUGUCCCUAGCAAGCACGAGAACGGGUACAAAGAAGAAGGGGAGAAGAAGAAGAAGAAGUCCAAGUCCGGUUUGGAGGUGGGUGCACAGAGGCCAUCACCAGGCAGUAUAGGAAAAUUGAAGCUCAGCUCGGAGAUGCGGCAGAGGUUGGAAAAGGUGACUGCGAAUCAUAGUGUCAGAUCGACGAAGACCAGCGAGAAACCAGCACUGCCGCGAGAGGAUGGUAAAGUGAAGCGUUUGGAGGAUAAUAGGAAGCUUCUGCUCGAGCAACAAUUAGGAGGACGAUGGGACGAUUACGCUUCCACGGCUGACGAUACGCAAAGCGUGACUUCAAAAGGCACGACGGAUAUGAUGACUCAAGCGCAAGUGGUUAGAACUCAAAUUGAGAGGAUGGAGAGGCCUGUGCCUCCUCCGCUUCCGGUUACUCCUCCACAACCUCCUAGUCCCAGAGGUGGAAGCAUGUAUAGUAAUAGUCAAUCAGGAAUAGCUCAGCCCAGGUCUCCCCCAGCGCCCGUAGAGCCAAAGUCCCGGGACUCCUUCAGAACCUCCCCAGACUCCGAAGCGUUCGACCACUUCGCCAAGAGCCAGCGCGACAUGUUCAGCCAAAGUCGCGACAUAUUCGCGUCCCAACAGCACCUCCGCGAGAACCACGAGUACCGCAACGACUUCGACAAGUCCCGCCAAGACCAAAAAUCCAAGGACUUCUACGGGAAAGACAGCACGGAUCUCGCGAGUUCAGCCAGAGACCGCAGCUCGGACUUCGACUCGCGUCGCGAUCUGAAUUCCGACAUAUUCGACCCGAAAUACGCCAGAGACAUCUUCGAGAACACGAGUUCCAAAAGAGACCCGUUUGGAAUGACCCGUGACGUGUCUCCCAAGUCACGCGACAGCUUUGGAAUGCCAUCGUCUAGGGACUUCGGUGUAAUGCCGAACACCAGGGAGUCGUUCGUAGCGGCGCGUCAGAGCUUCAAAAAGCUGGAUCGCGAGGUCGACAGAAGAUCCAGCAUCGCGUCGACCCAUCGCACUGACAAGAUGGAGAGGAUCGAGAUCGAGGAGUGGCCGGAGUUCCUGAGACCCGUGAUGCCUCCAGCAGAGAAACCGGAAAUUGAAAAGGUGCAGGAAGUCGUGAACACCAAACUGUACCCUCAAACGUCCACCGCUCAUUUCACGUACAACCGAGUGACGUGGUCGUUGAGGGUGAAGAAAGAAGUCUUUGCACCCAAUGAGACAUUAAACAGUCCUCUGGCAUUGCAUUUGGUCUUCUGUCAAGUGGCCUACGAUGUCCUCGCCACGUCCAGUAUUAGAAUCACCAAAGAGGACAGGCAGAAUAUGCUGAAGAUGCUGGACAAUUAUGGAGUCACUUUGGACAACCUGCAGAGCACUCAGCAUAAGAUUACUAUUAAGAAGAAUGUUGUCGAUAUGGCGAAACAGUGGCCUUUGUACUUUGCGAGGAUCUUUCCUGUGUCGAUUGGACCUCAGCAUCCAGAAACCCAACACGUAGCCGUCUCCCAUCACGGUCUCCGACUCAUAAAACGCACUCCAAACGGCGAUCUGGUGAUUCUAGAGACUUUGCCUUUGGAGGACAUUGUUUCUGUGAGUUCACCCAGAGCCGGCGUGUGUGUUAUGCAAAUUUCGUCCGGGGUUAGGCUACCUCUGCACACCAAUCGGGCGCCGCAGCUGACUGAGAUGAUCAACACUUACAUCAGACUGGUCGACCAGAAGCCGUCGCACAAGCCGAACCACCACGAGAAUCACGUCUCGCAGAUCACAAAGACGAUUCAGUCGCAGACGAACCACAGCACACCGAAUCACGUACAAUCUCAUGGUCAAUCUAAUCACGUCGUAUCGAAUCACGACAACCACGUGUCCGUGAAUCGUGUGCCGAACCACGUGUCGGCAACGAACCAGACGAACCAUCAGAAAAACCAGCUGAACCAACGGCUCAGCCCGACCCAAGAAUGGAGGCAACCGGAAGACAACGGCAGAGUGCAAGAAGAUGGCAUCUACGAGAGCGGACCGGUGGUCAACGAUGGAAAACACUCUCUGCUGCAAUAUGCCAUGCUGAACUUCAGGCAGAGCACUGAAAAGUUUGAAAUGCUGAAGACUGCGGAUGGUUCCAUAAGUGGUUCACUUAAGGUGAUCGAGUCUCUGAAGAACAAGAAGAAGAGCAAGAAGAGCAAGGGUCAACAGGAUGGAGCAGAAUGGACUUGGAAGGAGCAGGUGGAUCUCGUGAAAUACUCUGCUAUGCCGAUAGAACAAAGUCUGUUGAGGCUGGAUGCAGAUUUGAGUGCCUUAGCUGUGGAGUGCUUUUUGUGUCUGAUGAGAUACAUGGGUGAUCAACCAUUGCCUCCAGACACCAGUGAAGUCAAAUGCGUUUACACUAUUCUGAUGCACUGUCACAAGUAUGAGCUCCUUAGAGAUGAAGUAUACUGUCAACUAAUGAAACAAACUACCAACAACAAGAGUCCAAACCCUGACAGUUGUCAGCGAGGAUGGAGAAUCUUCAGUAUCGUUGCUGCCUAUUUCACCUGCAGUGAUGGCCUCAGACCUUAUCUCACUAAAUAUCUUGAAACUGCUGCUUAUGAUAAGAGAAGAGCAUAUCAUGGAACUGCUACAGUAUGUCUACAGAAUCUCAGGAAAACAGUUAAAUAUGGAGGAAGGAAGAAUGUGCCCAGCGUAGAUGAGAUUAUGGCAAUCAGUGCUGGCAGGAAUGCAAAGAGACAGAUUUAUAGACUUCCAGGUGGAACAGAGAGGGUUAUCAACACAAAGUGUACUACUGUUGUGCAGGAUGUUAUCGAAGAGAUGUGCAACAUAAUAUCUGUCAGGAAUCCCCAUGAAAUGGAUGAAUUCUCAUUAUAUUGUAUCGUUGACGGUGAUGCAUUCACCAUGCCAUUAGCAAGAGAUGAAUACGUUUUAGAUGUAACUACUGAACUUCAUAAGAAUCAUCAAGUUUUCUACUUAAUAUUCUGCAGAUCGGUCUGGUACUACCCUCUCAGACUGGAUGCACCACUGUACAUAGAAGUUGUGUUCAAUCAAAUAGCUCCAGACUAUCUAGAAGGCCUCUUACUUGUCUUGCCCGGAGAACAUUUACCUCAAGAAGUUAUAUACGACAUGGCACAAAUAGCAGCUCUCUUGCACAGGGCAGCAGACAUGACCCAUGAACCUACUACCAAGGAAAUUAAAUAUUUAUUGCCCAAACCAGUACUCAGUUUGAGAGACCCACGACCCCAGCAGUGGGCAAAUAUGGUUCAACAAGCAUGGAACAACGUUCAACAUAAUACAGUAGCUGCUUGUAAAGCUCAAGUUCUUGAAAUUUUGUGGAAGUGGCCAUUAUUCGGAUCAAGUUUCUUCGCUGUGAAGAGGGUGCCUGAAGGGAAGGAGAAGGGUGGUGACCAUAUUUUAGCGUUGAACAGACACGGAGUACACUUCAUUGAUUUAAUUACACAUGAGACACUGUAUCAUUAUCCCUACUCGGAGGUGAUCUCCACCAGGAAAGUGAAAUCCGAGGAAGGAACCCUUUACCUGGAUAUGAAAUGUGGCAAUCUGAUGCAGCAACGUAUCACAAGGCUCCAAACAGAACAAGCACACGAAAUUUCUCGACUGAUCAGACAAUACAUCACCAUGGAACAAAGGACAACCAACGCUCAAGGCUCUGGAAUCGGAUUCGGCAUGAGAUAAAAUUUUCUAUCUGUCAGUUCGAUUAAUGGCCGUCAAUAAUCGAUGGAGCCACAGAGCACUGUAAAUAGAGAUCUGAUGGUCGAGUUUGGACAAAGGAAGUUUUAGCUAAAAACUUUGGUCAUGUACAUAGAAGUUUAUUCAGAAUCAAGGAAACAGCAACGAUUUUAUUUUUGUUAAUUCUGAAUACCGGAGACUGUUUCGAAGAGGGACUUCAUGGGACAACGUGUGAACCUUCCUUGAAAUAGUUUCUUGAAAUAUUUAAAAAUUUACAAUAGAAAUUUUCUAAAGGAAUUCUAAUUUAUUUAUUAAUCUGUGGAAUUAAUUGAAAGUCUUGUAAGACUUGGCAAGAUAUUUCAAGACAUCUGCCAGAAUUUCUUGCAAGUGUAGAUGCAUUUGAGAAGUAAAUCUCGAAGUCUCGGUAAAUAUAAAUUUUCUUCUAAAUGUGUACGGAAAAUGUAAACGAAGAGGAUGAAGAAUGCUCAAGUAUCUAAGCAAUUAUUCUCGACUCUGUAAAUACGCGUUUAGAAACGUUUAGAGAAAGAGCGGACGUGUGAACGAGAUAUUUUCGAGGAAAGAUGCUGAGUCCAAUUUCUUUUCUCGACAAGAAAUCGAAGUUGAUUAAAGUGCAAGAAAAGGAAAUGACCAGCGAUUCGAUUUGUAAAUCCAAUUAAUGAUUAAUCUUACGUUCCGAUGGACACUAACAAGCUGCGGUUAUAUUGUUUAUCACCAGACAUUAUUAUUAAUAAUUGUAUGUAUGCGUAUCGAUGUGAACGGAGGUGUUGAUACUUUAUAUUAAAAAGUUUCUACAUAUA